AGUGAAAACAAAUACUCUCUUCCCUUUAGCCUGCAGCUCACUCCCACUCAUUCUUUCUACCGUUCCUCCUCUUCGGAUUUUUCUUUCUGCUUUUGUUUCCGUUUCCGGUAAUGGCAUCGACAUCAUCUUCCGAUCCUGGAUUCAAAGUGGAAGCUGGUGGAGGAGAGAAUUCAGAGACAGUGAUGGCCAAUGAUCAGCUGUUACUUUACAAGGGACUCAAGAAAGCCAAGAAGGAGAGAGGUUGCACGGCCAAAGAACGCAUCAGUAAGAUGCCGCCCUGCACGGCUGGUAAACGCAGCUCCAUUUACCGUGGCGUCACCAGGCAUAGAUGGACUGGUCGCUAUGAAGCUCAUCUUUGGGAUAAAAGUACAUGGAAUCAAAAUCAGAAUAAGAAAGGGAAGCAAGCUGACAUUAUUUCUAUCCUUCUGUUGUGCUUGGGAUGGUUCUCGUCUGAAACACUCUCAGUUUACUUGGGAGCAUAUGACGAUGAAGAGGCCGCAGCCAGAGCGUAUGAUCUUGCUGCUUUAAAAUAUUGGGGUCCUGGGACACUAAUUAACUUCCCGGUUACUGAUUAUACCAGAGAUCUAGAAGAGAUGCAAAAUGUUUCAAGAGAGGAUUACCUCGCAUCUCUUAGAAGAAAAAGCAGUGGUUUCUCAAGAGGAAUCUCUAAAUGUCGCAGUCUUUCCAGUCGGUGGGACUCAUCAUUUGGUCGUGUUGCUGCAUCUGAGUACCUCAAUAGAAUACAUUACAGUGAUGAUCCAGCAACAGGAAGUGACUUCUUAGGUGGUUUUUGCAAUGAGAGAAAUAUUGAUUUAACAAAGUACAUUAAGUGGUGGGGAGGCAACAAAACUCGCCAACCAGAACCUGCAAAAUCAACAGAAGAAACAAAACUUGCCUGCCCAGAAGACAUUGGUCAUGAACUUAGAACAUCAGAGUGGGCAACAAAGCCAACUGAACCAUUCCAGAUGCCCCAUCUCGGCAUCUCCAUUGAAGGAAAGAAACGCAAAGGGUGCUCUGUCUCUGCUUUGAGUAUCUUAUCACAAUCUGCUGCCUACAAGAGCUUGCAAAGGAAAGCAUCAAAAAAGCAAGAAAACAACAAUGAGAAUGAUGAGACUGAAAAUAAAAAUACAAUAAACAAGAUGGAUCCUGGCAAAGCAGCAGAAAAACCAGUGAGUCAUGACAGUGGGAGUGAUGGACUGGGAGCCACAUUGGGGAUGAGUGGUGGAUUGUCUCUUCAAAGAAACAUGUUCAACUUGACUCCCUUCUUGUCUGCACCACUCCUAACCAACUACAAUGCCGUUGACCCCUUGGUGGACCCGAUCCUUUGGACAUCUCUAGCUCCUGUUCUUUCCACGGGGCCUCCUCGUAAUUCAGAGUUUACAAAGACUGAGACCAGUUCAACAUACACUUUGUUUCCACCAGAGGAAUAAUUGCCAUAUUCUGUUCAUUCAACCUGGUGGAAAGUCAUAAAAAUUUGCUUGAUUUCUGCUGUUGGAGGCUUCAGACAACAGCAGGAACACGUGACAGCUGAAGUGCCAAGUUUGUCGGUAGAAAUUAGAAUGAGGCUGUUGCUUAUUUUCACAGGCUUGUUCUUUGUCGGGUGAGUCAUUAUAAGAAUACAGAAUGGAUACCGCAUGUACUGUACACUUAUAUUUGUAAAGCUGCUUAAUCAAUUUAUUUU